AAUUAUACAAAGUAUUAAAGGAACUAUAGAUUCACUUGCAUCUCCAGACCAGUACUGGCAGUACGGACAGGUGUUUGAGAAUCACACCGGAAAUGGAAUGAUUGGAGCUUUGGUUGAGCGCAAAGUGGACUUUGCAAUCGGCGCUGUUGGUGGCUGGUUUCAACUGUUUAAAUAUUUUAGUUUUUCAACACCAAUUCAAUGGAUUGGAGUUACCAGCUUAGCUCCAAAACCCGAACUGAUUCCUUCUUGGACCAUUAUCUUUCUCAUGUUCUCCAAACCCGUCUGGUUCGUUCUGAUCGCUACCUUCAUCCUUUGUUCGUUACUGUUGUACGUCAUACCAAAAGUUAUGAACCCAAACGACCCAACAACUCAAUCCAAGGAUCUAUCGCGGUGCUUCUUAAGCGUCCUUGCAUCAUUACUAUUGUUACCAGCACCAUUGCGAAGAAAUCGACCAUCCGAUGUCAUCUUUGUAGUCGCUUUGCUCAGCUUCUGCCUUCUUGUUGCAUCGAUCUACAUAAGCAAGAUUCAUAGCAUUCUGGCGUUUCCCAUCUUCCAGCCGCCUAUCGAUACCAUCUACGAUCUUGCCGUCAGUGAAAUCCCAUGGAACGCACCUCACGAGGCUUGGAUGUAUGCCCUGGUGGGCACCGAAAAUCCCUACGUCAAGAAAAUCCUGACCACCUUUCGCGUGGCACCGAUUCCCGACCUGCACACCAAAGCCAACGAAGGCUCCGAGGCGCUGGUCAUGGCCGAACUCAACUACGGUCACUACAUGGUCGGGACCUGGGUCACCGCUCAGAACGUAGAAAACUACCGGCUUAUGACUGAGUUUAUAUACUUUGAGUACGACACCGGAUACGCCACAAAGACGUGGCCGAUGCUGGAUCGGUUCGACUAUUUGACCAUGUGGAUCCGGGAUGCCUGUCUGUAUCAGUACGUUGAGCUGAACGAAGUGUACAACUACAUGGACUACUGGGUGGAAACUUCUAUUGCGCACUCCCGGGAUCAUCCGCCGAACGAGCUGAAGCCAUUCGUGGUGGAGGACAUCACGGGGGGACUCAUCAUUCUGGGCAUAGGUUACCUUAUUGCAGUUGUAGUUUUUGUUUUGGAAAUAAUUAUUCGUUUUGGAAGACAACGGUUACUAGAAGAGUAG